UGCAGGGUGCGAUCCGCGUCUCUUUGGCAGCCUCUGCCUUUUGCCAUUGACCCUGCUGGUCUCCACCCACCCCUUCCCUUCGCGUUCUCCCCCCCCCACCUCUCCUCCUCCCACUUUUGCGCUCCUGCCCGGCUCCAUCUCUCGCUCUCUCGCCUUCUCCGCGUGGAUUCGGGCAGCAGUGCAGCCGACCCCUCGUGUCUCCCGGCCAGCAGGUGACCGGCGCUGUCGGGGAAAGGAGGCUCGGGCUGGCAAUGCGGACUCUUGGCUCCGCUCUCUCCCUCCGGCAGCGGCUGCAAAGAAGAUGAUUCGCCGCCUCGGAAGAGGCUGAGAGAUCCGCCGCCGCCGCCACUUCAGGCUUGCAAACAGCGAAAGGCGGGCGCAAAAGCAACGCUCUGCACCCCCUUCUUCCCUCCGCCGCCGCCGCUCCGUUAUCUUGUUUAAAGGCUUGCUUUUGUUUUGCUCUUUGAAAGGACCGGGGCAAGGGAGGGAAGGAAACCCAAAUCCCUCCAACUCGUCCUGAACGGCGGAGGCGGUUCGCUGAAGCUGCCCGGUGCGUGGGGUUGCUUGCCGGUUUGGAAGUUUUGCUCCCGUCGGAAAAGAGCCGAUAGUUUGGGUUUUGGAAUAAACUUUUCGAUUAUUAUUUUUUUUUUUCAAUGUUUGGGAUCCAAGAUACGUUAGGAAGAGGGCCGAUCCUGAAAGACAAGGUGCUGGGAUCGGAGAUGGAUCCGGUCCGCUCCUGGGUCAGGAACGUUGGCGUGGUGGAUGCUAACGUCGCCGCUCAAAGCGGCGUGGCUUUGUCUCGAGCCCACUUCGAAAAACAGCCUCCCUCCAAUUUGAGGAAAUCCAACUUUUUCCACUUCGUCUUGGCUCUCUACGACCGCCAGGGUCAGCCCGUGGAAAUCGAGCGGACGGCGUUCGUGGACUUCGUGGAAAACGACAAAGAGCAAGGCAAUGAAAAAACAAAUAAUGGGACACACUACAAAUUACAGCUUCUGUACAGCAAUGGCGUCAGGACUGAACAAGAUCUAUUUGUCAGACUCAUUGAUUCAGUCACAAAACAGCCUAUCGCCUAUGAAGGACAAAACAAGAAUCCAGAAAUGUGCAGAGUUCUGCUCACCCAUGAAGUUAUGUGCAGCCGUUGUUGUGAAAAGAAGAGCUGCGGAAAUCGUAACGAGACUCCCUCGGAUCCCGUGAUCAUUGAUAGAUUCUUCUUAAAAUUCUUCCUCAAGUGCAACCAGAACUGUUUGAAGACCGCCGGAAACCCUCGAGAUAUGCGACGAUUCCAGGUUGUAUUAUCAACAACAGUGAAUGUUGAUGGGCAUGUCCUGGCAGUAUCAGACAAUAUGUUUGUUCACAACAACUCAAAACAUGGGCGAAGAGCAAGGAGACUUGAUCCUUCAGAAGCCACUCCGUGCAUCAAAGCUAUUAGUCCAAGUGAAGGCUGGACCACUGGCGGAGCCAUGGUGAUCAUUAUAGGGGACAACUUUUUCGAUGGGCUUCAAGUCGUAUUUGGGACCAUGCUUGUGUGGAGUGAGCUGAUCACCCCACAUGCCAUCCGUGUCCAAACACCUCCUCGUCACAUCCCUGGGGUGGUUGAAGUAACAUUAUCGUACAAAUCCAAACAAUUUUGCAAAGGAGCUCCUGGUAGAUUUAUUUAUACAGCUUUAAAUGAACCAACCAUAGAUUAUGGCUUCCAAAGACUCCAGAAGGUCAUCCCAAGACAUCCAGGUGAUCCAGAACGACUAGCAAAGGAGAUGCUUUUGAAACGAGCAGCUGACCUAGUCGAAGCACUGUAUGGGACACCACACAACAAUCAGACCAUUCAUCUCCCUCAAGGAGAGCUAUUUCGGAUGUCAAAAGUUGAUGGAGUUGAGGACAUUAUUCUGAAGCGAGCUGCUGAUAUUGCGGAAGCUCUUUACAGUGUCCCAAGAAAUCCAGGUCAGAUCCCUGCUUUGUCCAGCUCUCCUGCUCAUAGCGCCAUGAUGGGCAUCAACUCCUAUGGCAGCCAGUUGGGAGUUAGCAUCUCUGAGUCCACACAAGGGAAUAAUCAAGGCUACAUCCGCAACACAAGCAGCAUAUCCCCACGAGGUUAUUCUUCCAGCACGACCCCUCAGCAGUCUAAUUACAGCACCCCCAGUAACAGCAUGAACGGCUACAGCAAUGUCCCCAUGUCCAACCUGGCUGUUCCCAGUUCACCUGGAUUUAUUAACGGUUCUCCCACAGGAUCGCCCUACGGCUUGAUGUCUUCAAGCCCCACAGUUGGUUCUUCAAGCAGUUCCUCCAUCCUUCCAUUCUCCUCCUCUGUCUUUCCUGCUGUCAAACAAAAGAGUGCCUUUGCUCCUGUCAUCCGGCCUCAGGGGUCCCCUUCCCCAGCGUGCUCCACUGGCAAUGGAAAUGGGUUUAGAGAUUACAACUCUGGAAUUUCCUGGUGGUAAUCCAGCCAAGGACUAACAAAUCCAGCCAUACUUAACUAAGCCAUGACUGGUCUUGUUGUGCCUCCAAUGUGAAAGAAGAGAAGGCAUUGCUGCGAUUUCUUCCCUGCCCUCCCCCCUCCUCCCUUUUUUUUUUUUUUCUACAGCACAAAACUACUUAUUUGUUACGGAACUUUGUAUAAAAAAAAAUGAAGCACUAGAAGUUCAAUUGAUGGGGGAAGCCACGUGCUGGAAAGAAUGGAAAUUCUAUAGCGUCGCUCAGAGGCUGUUGCAAGUUGAAGACAUCAAUACUCAAGAACAUUUUUUAAAAAAAAGAAAAAUAGGAAUUGGCCAAGAUCCAGAUGUAUGCAGGUUAUGGGAUUGUAUAUGGAGCACAAGCUUUUUGUUUUCCUUUUAUUUUCUUUCCCUGUGGACUCAAAACCUUCCUAAUGUUUAUAGAAUAUUAAAAGAAGGAACAGGUUGGCCAACCAUUCAAGCUUGAUAUUUUCGAUACUCUUUGUUUUUACUUUGUAGGAAAAAAAAAAAGAAGUCGAAGUUUCUAUUUUCUAUGGAGCCUUUCAGAUACCGAUUUAGUUUAUUCAGAAAAAAAAAAAAGAAAUCUCAAAACAGGGUACCAGCAUGAGGGACUUUCCUAUAAAACCGAUAUGCUGAUAUGAGUGGCGGAAUGUUGGACGUAUGUGUGUGUGUGUGUAUUGACUUAUAGUUUAAUCGCUUUUCAAAUGGAAAAAAAAUGUAAGAUGUUUUACAAUUAUUUAAAUAAAUAAACUUGUAAGUUAUUGUAUGUAGAGGUAGACAUUGAAGACUUUUGGGGGGGGACUUCCUUUUUUCUCCUAUUGUACAAUGAAAAUUGGCAAAAACGCAGCAACAAUUUCUUAACGCUACAAUUUCUGCUCAGUUCUCUCCUGCUCUUGAUGGAACCCCUUUCAGAAAUGUCUCAGAAUUCUUCUUCACCAAGGACUCAUCCACAAGCCUUUUUAUACACACAAUGCUAUAUAUAUAUAUAUAUACAUAUAUAAAUAUAUACAUAUAUCUCUCUAUAUAUUAAAAUAUAGGACCGUCGUUAAUGUUUGAAUAUUAUACACUUUCUCAUAUCUUGAUUCGAUUAAGAUUUCAGAUACUGCUGUGACUUGUUUACUUCUAUACCUCUCCUUGGUAACUACAUGGCAUGUGUGAAGUCUCGCAUCAGGUUUUUGCCUCAAACCCGCUUCAUUUUUCAGGUUGCAAUUUGAGCAAGAGGGAACCGUGAGGCCAGGUUUUUUUUUUUAAUCCUCUCCCCCACCCCCAAGUUGGUUGCUUUUCAGAAAAUAUUUUGCCUAAUUUCUGAAUAUAUAGCAAAAAUUACGUUGUGUUGCAAAAAGAACUUUGGCACUUACCUAGGAGAGAUAAUAACUCUCCAGUAAAAUGUUGAGAUGCUAACUUAACAUUAUGAAUGAAGGCAAAUUUUACGUGUCCCAGGAUAAUGUUGUAGGAUCCAAUCUGGGUCGGUUUCUGAGGCCAGAGGUUUAAUCUUUUGGACUAGUACUGGAGCCCAUCUUCAGAGAACUUCUCUGUAUCGGAAAAUAAGUUCUUUCUUUUCUCUCUUCCUAACAUUCUGGUAGAGAGAACUUCCCUGAAGAUAGGCUGCAGUACAAGUCCGAAAUCUCGGAAGACUAAAACCUCUGGUCUUGGUGACCGACCCAGGUUGGAUCCUGUAAUUUGACACUCUUGAAUGUGUCCUUCAUUGGGAACAGUUAUAACAUUUAACCGGGAUCAUCCAUGUUCAUCAUGUCUGAAUAUCAAACGUCAUCCAUUUCAUUUGUACACAUAGAGGUGAUAAGUUAUCUGCAUAUUUUGAAUAUGUGCUGUGUAGGAGCAGAAAUGCGGGAAAGCUUGCUCUCUGGAAAAUCACUGAUUUCAUGGGCUUGGUAUGAAGUGAAGAUUUCGUUCACUAAUGACGUCUCCAGGGACAGUUUUUGGACAUGUCAAUAGUAGCGUAUGAGCAAAAGUCCCACCAUUAGAAUCAAUGGGAAAACUUAAUCUGCACAAGAGUUCCAUAUGUGCCUCUUCCAGAGCUCCAGAACUUGGGUGGGUCUAGGGCAGCGUCUCUUGAACUUCUCAAAGCGUGUCUUGAAUCCACUGAUAAAUCGCUCCCCCUUUUGAUGUGUUGAUUAUUGAUAAGCACUGUUUUAUAAAUCGUUUUAACUUUCCUAAAGCCUUCUAAGUCAUCUUUUGUUGCUGUCAUUGUAACCAUCUCUAUCCAAGUCCCAUAUGUUGAUAAUAUGCCUAUAAAAAUUUAUAAAUCA